GAUGCAAAAUGCAAUCAUCUACUGUGUUACCAAACAUCAAAUUUACCAAAAGUUUGAUAGUACCAGAAGUCCAUCGACAUCAUCCCUCGCUUGCCACCAAUUCUCUGCGUCGCAAUCCCACCUGCAUUGCAUUGCUGCUCUUGUGUGUGGAAAGACCGAGAGCCAUGGUGGAAUGUUAUGUAGCAAGCUCAAAUUCUUAGGGUGUGGGUGAAGAAUGCCGUAGUAAGAUUGAUUGAUUGAAUGAUUGCUUUGCACAAGGAGCUGCAGCAGCAAGGGGAAAGGCGAUUUGUGCGUCAGCUAUGGAUGCUGUGAGGCAUCCGGGGUCUGUGUCCACCGUCAAGCUGCAGAACCCUUUUGUUUUGAGGGUGGGUCAGGUGAUGACAGGCUUCGGCCUUGGGUGUGGCUUGGGCGUGGGCGUCGGUAUUCCAAUUCCUAUAGAUAUACCUGGAGUUGCUCAAGUGAUGGGCUCAGCAAACGGUAUGAUACGACACGUUGGAGGGGGACGGCAACUGCAAGGCUUGAUUAAGCGAGUGGGCAUCAAGAACCUGGAGGCAGGGAUUGGAUGUGGAGUGGGCUUAGGGCAUGGCUUUGGCAUUGGAUUGGCGCUCAAACCUGGAGUAUCACAACAAAUUCUGCUUUUUCUUCAGGAAGGAUGCGCAACUGUGUUAAAUAAACUGCGGCCUCAUGACCAUAGAGAAGUACACAUCGAGCCACCUGGGGUUCCAGAUGGUGGAUCCUUGUUGAAAUCUUCUCAGUCCCAUCUUAUGCCUUCGCCUUUAAGCCAACUUUCAAGUACUCUCAGUGCUCCGUCCAUCAAGAAUUCUGAAACGGAGGUGGAGGCGUUGCGUUCCCAGAAUGAGAUUCUUCGCACACUGCUGCGGCAUCAGGAAAGAAUCGAGGACCUUGAGCAUGAGAACGCACUACUUCGUGAGCAGUUGAAGGUCAACGGCAUCACCAGGUCUCAAGCUAGUAUGGGUUUAAACUUAGAACAGUUAAGUAAUGCAUGCUUUGAGUGUAGAAUGAGAUCUCGGAGAAGAAGUUAGAAUAAUGUUAAUAUAAGCAAGUGUUUCUGAAAUUAUCUAAAAGAGUUUGGUUUGCUUUACCAAAUGCCGUUUCUACCAUCUAUUCGCUUAAGUAUGAACGAUUGCCUUCACGUUUUAUUAACUACGUUCGCCAUUUACAA